AUGGUCAAGUGCCCGCUCUGCAAGAACAGCAACAAGGACACCGUCAUCACAAAGUGCGGCCACGCGUUUUGCCGCGACUGCAUCGACUCGCGCCUCAGCUUGCGCGAGCGAAAGUGCCCGGGCUGCUCGCAAGUCUUUGACAAGUCGUACGUCAAAGACUUGUGGCUCGACUCGCAGUCGAGCACCGGACACAAUCAUGCGCUCCACACAUAG